AAUGCUUAUGUUUCUUGCACAUAUGUCAAACCAUCCCAAAUGUCUUAGGAACCACUUGUUGGCUAUGUAUGCAUUCCAACACUCCAUUCAUCUAAUAAUCUAUAUAAGGCUACAUAACCACAAAACCAAAUCAUCAAGUCCUCACAUUCUCUACAACAAAAUAUUGUUUUGAAUUACUCUAAUACUUCUUCUAAACAAAAAUCAUACAAAGGAAUAUCAACAUGGCAUUUGGAUUGACUCGUUUUGUUCAGGGUAAGAAGGCUCUUCGAAGAUCGCUUUCAGGCAUCAAAGAAGCAACUUUGAAGUGUUCAACCAUUCCAAAAGGCUACUUUGCUGUCUAUGUUGGAGAAGAUCAGAAGAAGCGUCAUGUAGUGCCUCUUUCGUAUCUAAAUGACCCUUCAUUUCAAGACUUGCUUAGUAUGGCUGAACAAGAAUUCGGAUAUGAACAUCCCAUGGGCGGACUCACAAUUCCUUGCAGUGAAGACAUCUUUAUUGAUAUCACCUCUCAGUUGAAUUGAUAACUGUAAUUUGUAGCACUGACAUAGCUAGAUUCACAUUAAACAAUUUUGUACAUCAUAUACUUCACCCCAAAUAGUAAAUAGAAAUGACUCAUUUGAUCAACACUUGUUCUCUUUUCUGUCUUUUCCUAACUUCAAAUCUCAUCACUGCCCUUUAUUUGAGAAGAAUUUAAAAUCAACUUCAACAUUAAUAAUAUUUGUGAAUCACAAACAAUAAUUGCUGCAAAAACGAAGGCACUGUUACUUUCUUUGAUAGUGCUCAGCUUUCAUUUCCCU